AUGUACAAAGAACCCUGCUGGCUCAGUAAAAACCGUGUGAAUCUCCUGUUCGCCCAUGACUACUACCUGGUUACCUGGGGCUUUAUACACCUGACCUAUAACCUCAGUGAGACUGACCUGACCUUUAACCUCAGUGAGAGAGACCUGACCUUUAACCUCAGUGAGACUGACCUGACCUUUAACCUCUGUGAGACUGACCUGACCUUUAACCUCAGUGAGACUGACCUGACCUUUAACCUUAGUGAGACUGACCUGACCUAUAACCUCAGUGAGACUGACCUGACCUAUAACCUCAGUGAGAAUGACCUGACCUUUAACCUCACCCUCAAGCAGCAGCCCUCAAGCAGCCCUCAGGAAGCAGCCCUCAAGCAGCCCUCAGGAAGCAGCCCUCAAGCAGCCCUCAGGAAGCAGCCCUCAAGCAGCAGCCCUCAAGCAGCCCUCAAGCAGCAGCCCUCAAGAAGCAGCCCUCAAGCAGCCAUCAAGCAGCCCUCAAGAAGCCCUCAGGAAGCAGCCCUCAGGAAGCAGCCCUCAAGCUGUAGCCCUCAAGCAGCCCUCAAGAAGCAGCCCUCAAGAAGCAGCCCUCAGGAAGCAGCCCUCAGGAAGCAGCCCUCAAGCAGCAGCUCUCAAGCAGCAGCCCUCAGGAAGCAGCCCUCAGGAAGCAGCCCUCAGGAAGCAGCCCUCAAGAAGCAGCCCUCAAGAAGCAGGCCUCAAGAAGCAGCCCUCAAGAAGCAGCCCUCAAGAAGCAGCCCUCAGGAAGCAGCCCUCAAGAAGCAGCCCUCAGGAAGCAGCCCUCAGGAAGCAGCCCUCAGGAAGCAGCCCUCAAGAAGCAGCCCUCAAGAAGCAGCCCUCAAGAAGCAGCCCUCAGGAAGCAGCCCUCAGGAAGCAGCCCUCAAGAAGCAGCCCUCAGGAAGCAGCCCUCAGGAAGCAGCCCUCAGGAAGCAGCCCUCAGGAAGCAGCCCUCAGGAAGCAGCCCUCAGGAAGCAGCCCUCAAGAAGCAGCCCUCAAGCAGCCCUCGGGAAGCAGCCCUCAGGAAGCAGCCCUCAGGAAGCAGCCCUCAGGAAGCAGCCCUCAAGCAGCCCUCAGGAAGCAGCCCUCAAGCAGCCCUCGGGAAGCAGCCCUCAGGAAGCAGCCCUCAGGAAGCAGCCCUCAAGCAGCCCUCAGGAAGCAGCCCUCAAGCAGCCCUCAGGAAGCAGCCCUCAGGAAGCAGCCCUCAAGAAGCAGCCCUCAGGAAGCAGCCCUCAGGAAGCAGCCCUCAGGAAGCAGCCCUCAGGAAGCAGCCCUCAGGAAGCAGCCCUCAGGAAGCAGCCCUCAAGAAGCAGCCCUCGGGAAGCAGCCCUCAGGAAGCAGCCCUCAGGAAGCAGCCCUCAAGCAGCCCUCGGGAAGCAGCCCUCAGGAAGCAGCCCUCAGGAAGCAGCCCUCAGGAAGCAGCCCUCAAGCAGCCCUCAGGAAGCAGCCCUCAAGCAGCCCUCGGGAAGCAGCCCUCAGGAAGCAGCCCUCGGGAAGCAGCCCUCAGGAAGCAGCCCUCAGGAAGCAGCCCUCAAGCAGCCCUCAGGAAGCAGCCCUCAAGCAGCCCUCGGGAAGCAGCCCUCAGGAAGCAGCCCUCGGGAAGCAGCCCUCAGGAAGCAGCCCUCAGGAAGCAGCCCUCAGGAAGCAGCCCUCAAGCAGCCCUCAGGAAGCAGCCCUCGGGAAGCAGCCCUCGGGAAGCAGCCCUCAGGAAGCAGCCCUCAGGAAGCAGCCCUCAGGAAGCAGCCCUCAGGAAGCAGCCCUCAGGAAGCAGCCCUCAGGAAGCAGCCCUCAGGAUGCUAG